AUGUAUGUAUCCCCGUGCAAAACGAAUUGAACUGAAAACCGAAAAUCGCUCGGAAAUUCGAAAAUUCGAAAUCUGAAAAAUCGAACUGAUAUAAAUGAAACUAUAAUAUUGCUGCCCACCAACUGACCGACAACCAGGAUCCAAACGGCCGCCGACAUGCGCUAUCUGCACGACCUGAAUGUCCAGAUCUCCCAGAACCGUCGAUCCGUCUCCGUUUCCAAGCAACUGGACAGGGAUCUGUGCAACCAGCACUUCGACACCUUCGAAACGUUCUGGGGCAGACCAGGACAUGGAGCCCGUGGCGACAAGAUCAACAAACUGAAACUGGACAAUCUGCUCUACGGCGCCAGCGAAUCGGCGUAAGGCCAAGGGUUCCUGGAUAUUCAAGGAUAUUCCCUCACCUUCUGACUGGCUCGUAGUUUGUGUGCUUAAGUCAUCUGCUCAGAAAUCAAUCGAUGCCAAGACCCAUGAGAUCACAUUACUGGACUAAUUAUUCAUGUAUUACUAUUUUUGGUUCUCCAAGUUCGCAUUUCCAGUAAUAUUAACAUCAAGCUAUAUGUCAUUUGUACCAUCUCUGUGAAAAUUUUGCCAACUUGCUUCUAGUAAGUUGACCAAAGUUUUGAAUAGGUAGGUGGUUUUCCAAAUUAAGGGAAAACUAAAAAAUAUAGUCAGGGUGGUGAAUUACAAAAUCUCUUUGGAAGGAAAGUUUAAGUAGUUUAAUAAAUA